AUGAAAAUACAAACUCAAUCGAGCAUCAUUACAUCAGAUUUGAUGGCAACAAAGAUACAGGAGCUCCCACCUUUCGAUCCACUUUCAGGAGCAUGGGAGUGGACGCCGGAUUCUAUGGAUGUGUGGACAGCAAGAGGACUGGAUGAGAAAUAUCAUCGGAGCGAUGGACAGAAUUUCUAUGUACUUGCAAGAAAGUCAAUACCGCUCAUGAAUGCUGCGUGGAGCGAUCAGCACGCCGAUAACAUUCUCGCCGGAGUGGAGGACAUAGAUCACGAAAAUCCUUGGCAAAAUCCUGAGCAGGAAUUCACAGAACAAGAUUAUCUCGCCCAGGCUGAGAUAGAGCAGUACAUGGCCUCAAUGAACUUGUCAGACGGUUAUCCUGAUGUUCCUUACGAACAACCACAGAACGUCGGCUGGAACGUUUAUGAUGCACAGUAUGAUCCGAUGGCUAGUCAACCAUACGUGGAUGAAUAUUCCUAUCCUGUUAUGAAUUACGACCUGAACAAUGGAUAUCCAGUCCCUGUACAGGAGAAUUGGAAUCUGCCAGUGCAAGCCAUGCCGUUCACGGCUUCAGGGUUCUACCCGGAUGGUCUAUAUGCAGGAAGCCAACCGUACAGUGAAAUAGGAAUGCCGGUGGGGAUGGACGAAAACCAUUACAUGCCGAUGCCUCAGACUCAAAGUCAAGUUUUAUCAAGAGCUGUAAGAGAUGUCAGCUACGGCAAGAUAGGAAACACAUCAGAUAAAGAGAGGUUACCCGCAAAGAGCUCGUCGAACAAGUUGAACGCAAGCUCUCAACCCUACAGCCCUGAGAAGUCGAGCGCGGGAAAAGGUCAAGUACUCUCUGAUGAGUUGACGGCAUUUGUGUCUUCGUUGAAUUUGUCUGCAGCUGAGUCACGGGGUUUGGCACUUGCUCUCAGGAAACAAGGAGUUUCAAGCUUACAAGAGCUCAAGGAUAUGAAGUGGACUCUAACGUCUUCCCUAGGAAUUGACAUUGCGGUGGCUGCAGUUGUCAGCGAACACUUGUAA